UAACUGAACUUAACUUAACAUCUGCUUGCUUACGUUUAACAUCAUUGUAUUUAACUGCUUGUUUCAUUUACGACUCGCAUAAGUACUUGUGUCGUCCUGUUGGCUGACAGUUAUUCCGUCAUUGAUAAUGUGCUUGUGCUAUGGGGCAGAAAAAGGGCCUUCAGAGGGGCGUAACGUCCGGCUGGAAACACACACAAGUCUCACUUAUAGUUGGAAAUACUACGAGUUCUCUACUAUCAGUGUGGUGGAAUUAAAUAUAUCUAAUAGUCUGUAAAUUCAGAAACAAAACAGUCAGUCGCAGAACAGGUUAGCAGUGUUAGCUAACAGCUAGUAGCGUGACAGUCACACAGAGGCUGUAACGUCAACUGUCACAACACCUUUUAACGGUACGUCACCGGGAUGUGGAGUCCGUUACAAACACACUGGAUAGUUGACAUCUCUUAUUACUAUAUAGUCUGUAGUUAUAAGCUACUUUAACUGUCAUAGCUUAUUCAAUCUGCUGAGAAACAACACCACGAAAUACAACCUCACUGUCCACCUGAGGCUGUUCACCUGUAUGUCAUGUAUUUGAUCAUACAAACACGUAAGGUACAUUAAAAGAGGCUCACUCAUAACUAUAUACUCUGUAGUUAUAACCUAUUUUAACAGUUGUUAUAUCUGCUGAAUAUGAAAAUAAACAUCACAACAUGUAGUAUAAUAUAACUGUCCACAUGAGGCUAUUUUCUGUUGAUCAAAUAUCUCAGAUCAAGUGAACAUGGCUUCUAAAUGCUUUUACUUUUAAAAACAAAAACAUGUUAUUUUGAGAUACAUCCUUACCAUUUUUAUCAAAUUGAUGUGCAAUAAUGGGGAUAUCAUUUGCAAUAUUAUGCACAUAACCAUUCACUAACCUGUACUUGAGAUUUAGUUGUGUAUAUAUAUAUUUGCAGCUUAUAGGAGCCAAUAAUGAUCCUAAACUAAAGUUGUUUUUGUUUUUUGGCAUUCACAGCAACCUCGUUUAAAAAAAUGUAAUUGCAUGUCCUUCAACUUGUUUGUUGGCAUUUUCUGUAUUUUGCGUUUUGGUGGAUUUUAGAUAUCUGUAAUAUGCAUUUUUUCAUGUUUGAGAACUUUAUUUGUACUUCUAUUGCAGAAGUUUCCUGACCAAAUGUUGGCAAAAAUGUCUGUAGAAGACCAGGGUUAUUUGCAUGCUGUCAGGAAAUGCUUUGCUAUUGUUGGAUCGUUCCUUAUCGCGAGCAGUCAGUGUGAUAAAUGGUAGCUGUGUUUUUUGAAUGCCUGCUGGAUUUUAUAUGUGGUGAUCACAGCUGCCUCUGUGCAACAUGACCGGUUUCAGCACGCUCAACCCGGGCUAAACGGAUUAACCGAGGCAGAGAUUAGUGACCUAGUGAAUGACUGCUAGUUUAUCUGUAGUGUUUCUCUGUAGUGUUUCUCCUUGUUACCCUGAGGUGGAGCUCCUGAGCAGGACAGUAAACUGUUGUGACCAUUCAAUGGACUUGCAGGUGUACAGGAAGUUGUGUCCCACUUUAAUAACAAGUUGUUUUGAUGUGCAGGACAAAAUGACUUCAGGAACACUAUGCCCUGAUCAUACCUUCCCAGAAAAAUGUAGUAAAAAACCUAAACUUAGCUGAUAAUGUUUUCGUUUGUUAUAUUAUUGGUCUUUUCUUUCACAGACUGGGAUAAGUCAGGUAUUAAGCAACAACUUCGAGUGUGAUAUAGUUAUGUUCCUUGUGCAGGAAACUAGGACAAUAGCUGGUGUUUGGCUCAUGGGCAAACAUGAGGAAAGGGCUGAAUCUGGUGACAAAAAAAGGUUAGAAAUACAAAUAAGAAGCCAGGGCUCUAGAUGGAAGGCCUGAAAUAAUAGUGCAUGACUCUGUGGUUUCAAUGGGUUGAAACAUGGACUUUCUUUUCCCUUUUAGUCUACUGUAAGUAUCUGCAAUACAGCUAUUAUAGACUUAUCAUUUGAAGGUAAACUUUCAAAAUUCAAAACAAACACACUUAACUCCCCAGCCCAAAUGGUAAACAAAUGGGACCUUAUUAGAAAAGAUUUCUAUUUUAAGAGUUGCCAGUACAAUACAUUUGAAGUAUGAUUAUCCCACAUGAUACUGGUUUCUGUCUCCAGGUCUUUCUGUAAGGUGGUCCACCACAACCCCAUUUAAAGAGUUCACACCAAACAUACACCCAGCGUAGGAGGAUGGCGGUGAAUGUUGUCUCCACCUCUAUGACUAUAGAGAACCUGAGUCGUCAUGACAUGUUAGCAUGGGUCAACGACUCUCUGCAGCUCACACUCACAAAGAUCGAGCAUCUCUGUUCAGGUGCUGCUUACUGUCAGCUAAUGGACAUGCUGUUUCCUGGCUGCAUAUUAAUGAAGAAAGUGAAGUUCAAUGCUAGACUGGAACAUGAAUACAUCCACAAUUUCAAAGUCUUACAGGCUUCAUUCAAGAGAAUGAAUGUGGACAAGAUCAUCCCAGUGGAGCGGCUGAUUAAAGGAAAGUUUCAGGACAACUUUGAGUUCCUUCAGUGGUUUAAGAAGUUUUUCAAUGCCAACUACGACGGGAAAGAUUACGACCCUCUAAUGUCACGGCAGGGCCAGGAGGGAACGCCGCCUCCACCCAACCCAGGUGUACACAUUGCCAACAAACCUAAAAGACCCGCUCGCUCAGGACCUGUGAGGACUUCUCCUACAGUACCAAAACCUGCCCCCCCACCACAGAAGCAGAUCAUUGUUGCAGCGCCCCGCAGGUCCUCGAACACGACCCGCAACGGGGGAGACCCUGAGGUCAUGGAGCUCAACCAGCAGCUGCUGGACCUGAAGCUGACUAUAGACGGGCUGGAGAAGGAGAGAGAUUUCUACUUCGGAAAGCUGAGAGACAUCGAGGUCCUCUGCCAGGACAACGAAAGUGAAAACCCCAUCUUCAACAAAAUCAUGGAUGUCCUGUACAGUACAGAGGAGGGGUUUGCACCACCAGAGGAUGAAGACAUCGACGACGGGGCACAGGCAGAUGAGGACGAGUUCUGAACUCUUCAUCAUCCUCCACCCUAUUAUCGUCAAUAACCCUUCUCUUUUAAUCCCUUUAUUAUUUCAUUUUUACGACUUCCCCUUAAUUCCCCCGUCUUUUCCGCAGCUGUCCAUAUCCAUGUUGACUUUUGUUUUAAAGUAGCUGGACUCUGGCCCGCGUGACUUUGUUCUCACAGAGGGGACGGCUGCACUGCAGGGCUGACUUGGUCUGCAAGAAAAGGUUAAUAGCAAUGAGAUUACAGGAAUCCAGCACUCACCGGCCACUUUCUCUCACCAUGCACUUUCAUUGGUGGCCACACAUACGAGCAUCAAGGCCCUUUGCAGAGUUUAUAUAUGAAACCACUGCAUUUUCCACACAAUGUGACUAGUUUGAAGAUAUUUUGGCUUUAAGAAAAGAGGCAUGCACAUAUAUUUUUAACAUAUUUCUAAUGAUGACACGUGAACGUACAUUUACCCCCUUUUCUCCCACGGACAUAUCACAGACGUUGAACUGUUCUUAAAGUCAUCAUUCCCAAUUGAAGUCAUACGGUUUGCUUAUGAUUGUAUUGACAAUUUGUUUAUGAGACAGCAUGAUGUAUUUAUGUUUUUAUUUAUUUAUGGUUUUUAUUUUUAAAAGCUACAGUUCCUGGUAAGUGGUUUCGGAUUUGGGGACAUUGAAGAUAUUGCACUAAAUGUAGCAAAACAAAUUAACUAAAAUGCCAACAUGCAGUGAAGAUACAGAAAGAUGCAAUUUUAUAUAUUUUGUAGAUUUAUUUUAAAGAGGUUUGUUUUUUAUUUGCAUUGAAAUGAUAAAUGGCCAAGUUAGAGGCGUCAGUGUUUGAGUAAUUUAUAAGUCAAAUGUCAGGCUUUGAUUUCUAUGAAUAAUUGUAAAACUACAGACACUAAUACGUACUUAUGUUUGUGUUGAUUGAGUUAAUUAUUUUAGCUGCUAUCAUCUUUUUUUUUGCCGUAUUUAAUUGAGUUAUUUGACUGUUGAAGCGCCACAGGGGCUGCCAAGGACGGCUUAUUGUGAUUGACAGUAGGAAAACCUGUCUGAGAGAAAACAUCAAGAUCUUCCUCAUGGCAGCUUGUGAUAAACUUGCAUUGUUUGCAGUCACUGCUGCAAUAAAAUAAAGCUCUAAUGUUCAAGAAAAGUAACAA